AUGGAGCAAACACCUGGGUCUUUCUACCAAAGUGAAAUAUGUGUGAUUGCUUACUAUGUUUCAUGUCAGAAUGGUGGUUAUGAAGUGGAACUUUUUGUGGACCCACCAGAUCAUGACCUUAUCUGCAUCAUAUGCAAAGGGGUUCUACGUUGCCCUGUGCGUGUGGCAUGUAAACAUGUCUUUUGCAAGAAGUGCAUUUUGCAGUGGAUGAGGAGACAGGAAACGUGUCCGUGCUGCAGGAAGCCAGUCAGCCAGCGGCUUAUAUUUGUUAUGUUCAAGCUUAGUAAAUCCAUUGGCCGAUUACAAAUUAAGUGCCGAAAUGAGCAACAGGGCUGUACGGCCACCUUUCCUCUCUCAGAGGAGUACCUCCACAGCUCCACAUGCCCCUUUGAGUGGCUGCUGUGCCCACAACAGGGCUGCGGGUCUAGAAUUCUGAGGAAGGACGCCCAGACACAUGCUCAGGUCUGCAGCCACUGGAGGCAGCUGUGCCCGAUGGGUUGUGGUACACUGCUGAGCCGCACUACCCAAUUCAAGCACAACUGCUACAGAGAGCUGCAGGAGCGCUAUGAGGCCCAGCGACAGGUCCAGCGAACCAUCGCUUCUGCAUUGCGCAGGAAGAUGCAGCGCAUGCAAAGCCGCAUGUCCAACAUGACUCGGCAGAUCAGCCUUAUAUGCGAAAGCCUAGAGCUUAGUGAAGACCAGGAGGAAGAGGAGGAGAGUCCUGGUGAGGGAACCAGCACAAGGAGAAGCUCCAGGGUCGACCACAGCUCCAGCACACACACCAGCUCCAGCAGCAGCAGCUCCUAA